CGGGAAGGGCGCCGGGCCAUCGCCGGCGCCAGCCCCGACGGCUUCGAAGGGCGGCCCAGCAGGCCCGCCGCCGCCUGGGCGGGCGAAGGGGGCGUCCGCACCACCGCCGCCACCGCCGCCCAGCAGCGGCAGGGGCAAGGGCGGCGGGUCUGCAGCUUGGCAGAAGGGCGGCGGCGCCGCGCCAGAGGGUGCCCGCCACGACGCCUCUUGGCUGCCCGAGCAGGCUCCUCGCCGCACCCGCCCCAGGGCGCUCACUGUGACCGGCUGGCGGGAUGACCACCUGCAGCUGGCGCACCCGGCGGUGGCGGCGAGCAGCUCGUCGCCUGCCAGUCCAGCCGCUACCGUGAAGCUGCCUUGGUCCUUGCUGGGCCUCUCGGAGGCCCCCGCGACUGGCCGGCCGCCGCCGCUGUGGCUGAAGUGGCGCGCUCACUGUGUCAACGCGGGCAGCACCGUCGCCGAGUUCACCUCCGGUCCUCCCAACACCUGGCACGUGGAGCCCUCGGCCACGAGCCAGCACCUGGAGCUGAAGACGGGCAUCGCAGAGGUGAGCCUCGCCGUCGGCUGCGGCUCGUGCCUCACCGCCGAGUGCGCCGCGGGCGCUGCCAGGCCCGCUCGGCUUCACCUGGCUUCUCAGUUCACAGUCUGUCUCGAGCACCGUGAGUCCGAAGGUGGGCUGCGUUGCAUCUGCCCCGAGGCCGUCGCCGCGGCCGAGGCCAGCGCGGGCGGCCUGGGCAGGAACCAGCUGCGGACGCUCGAGGCGGAGUCCUCGCGCGAGUACGCCAGGAAGUGGCGGGGCGUCGUGGAGGUCGAGGCCGCCGCCUCGGCCGUGGACGACGCGGCAGGGCGGCUGCUGCUGGGAAUCUGGAUCGACUGGAUACAAGACGACACCUCGACGGCGGGGGGCGCGGGCGAUGGCGAGUGGCUGGGCUCGUUCGAGGUGAACGCGUCGCUGAUGAGGGCGCAUCGUGUGAAGUUCAGGUCGGCCUUCGCGGAUGGCGAGUUCGGAUCCUCAUGGUUGUGCAUUCGGAGGACCAGGCGGGAGGACGGCAGUCUCGCCUGGGCAGGGCACGGCGCUGUCAUCCGCGCCCGGUUCAAGGACGACGAGGCAGACCUCACCUUCGCCGACGAGGACGACAAGUGGCUCGACAUGGGCCAGCGCGCCAUCAGCGUGAAGUUCCGGCUGCUGCCUGGGAGCUCCGACCCGGCACCGAAGCCCGGCUUCUUCGCCGUGGAGACCAUCCCGAAGGCGCUGGCCGAGAGCUGCAUGGCGGCGUCGCUGUCGCAGCUGCCAGAGGCCCCGCUGGCCCGCGCGCUUGUGCUGGGUGCGAGGGACGGUCUGCCGCAGCCGCCGGCAGGCAGCGCGGAGGCCGAGCUGACCGCGUGGGCGCUCAAUCCCUCGCAGCUGCGCGCAGUGCGGUACGCCCUGGCGCAGCCGUUCACCCUCGUGCAGGGGCCGCCCGGCACGGGGAAGACGAGGACCACGGCGGUGCUUGCGACGCUGCUGGCGCGCCGCAACAGCGAGUCGGGCCUGAGCCGCGCCGUGCUGUUCUGCGCGCCCACGAACCGGGCGGCGGACUGCGCGGCGCUGUUCGUGGCGAGGCUCCUGGCAGAGCGGGCACAUACGCAGCUGACAGAGCGCCUGGGGGAGGACGGGCAGGUCUGUGCCGUGUGCCUGCUAGCUGGCCCAGACGUGGUGACUGCUUGCGGCCAUGUGUUCCACAGGGGCUGCCUGACGCAGGCGUUGCAGGUCAGCGACAAGUGCCCGAUCUGCCGGCGGCAAGUGAAGCACGCGGACAGCGGCCUGCGCAUCUUACGCAUAUACGGCGCGGACGCGGAGAAGGCGGAGUUUCCCGUGCCCCGGAGGAACGAGCACCCGAACGUGGACGUGCGCAAGCAGGUGGUCGUGCCCGAAGAGAUGCGCCGCUUCACGCUGCACUGGCGCUGCCACGCCGCGGUGGAGGGCGAGACGUCCACGAAAGAGGCCAUGAACACCCGCAGGGCAUACAGGGCUAUGAUCGAGCACGGCCCUCGCGGGCCCCGCUCCGGAGCACUGCGGGCCGCCUACCAGCUUGCGCUGGCAGAUGCCAGGGCCGCGGAGUUGCGCGACGCGGACAUCGUGUUCACCACCUGCGUGUCGUGCCGGCGGAUGGCCGUGUCGGAGGCGCUGCAGCGCUGCGGGGGGCUGCAGUUCGAGCAGGUGAUCCUCGACGAGGCGGGGCAGGCCACGGAGCCAGAGUCUCUGUGCCCGCUGACCUUCGCAGCCUGCGCGCAGCAGGCCUGCCUGUUCGGCGACCACCUGCAGCUGCGGCCCAUCCUGAAGAGCCACACCGCGAAAGUGGCCGGGCUGGGCGUGUCGCUGUUCGAGAGGCUGGCCUCCGCCGGCGGUGCGGGCGGCGACGAGGGGCCCCUGUGCUUCCUCGCGCAGCAGUACCGCAUGCACCCGGAGAUCAGCCGCUUCCCCUCGCAGCACUUCUACUCCUCGAGGCUCCUCGACGACGACAGCGUCCUGGCUCGGCCCCGCGGGCUCCUGCAGCACCCGCGCGGCGAGCCCGCCGCGCUGCUGCUGGUGGACUCGGGGGAGCCCGGCGCCGGCGAGGAGGUGAGGCCCGUGCGCACGGCCGAGAGCAGCGCGUACUCGCGCCUGCACGCCGGCGAGGCGGCGCGCGCCGCGGAGCUGGCCGUGGCCCUCACGGCGCGGGCCGGGCCGGGCAGCGUGGCGGUGCUCUCCUGGUACAACGCACAGGUGCAGGCCGUCGUCGAGCUGCUGGGCGAGGGCUCCGGGGUGCACGCGGGCAGCAUCGCCACCGCCCAGGGCAGCGAGUGGGACUACGUGCUGCUGAGCGCGGUGCGGCACGGAGGUCCGCGCGGGCAGCUCGGCAUCGUCUCGGACGAGAACGUGCUGAACGUGGCACUGACGUUAACGCGCCUCGGCCUCGUAGUCUACGGGAACCGCCGCACGCUGAGCCAGGACCCGAAUUGGGCCGCGUUCCUGAGGGUCUGCGCGGAGCGGGGCUUGGUUCUCUCCGAGCAGCCGCUGGUGACGCAAGAGGAGGCCGUCCUGGAGGCGGCGUGGAGCCGCGCCAUGCGGCCGGGCCUGAAGGUCACCGUCUCCGGCCUGACGGGGGCCGCGGAGCUGAACGGGCAGACGGCCACGGUGCUGGAGCCCGUGGGCGAGAACGGCCGCUGCAAGGUCGAGGUGGCGCGCGGCGCCGGGCCGCCGCGGCUGCUCCUCGUGCGGCCCAGGAACCUGGAGCUGCCGCGGGAGCGGCCGGCGGCGCCGGGGGCGGGGGCGGGGGCGGGCGCCGCGAGGGACCGCAGGCACCACGGCCUCUCCGCGCUGGUGUCCGCCUCCAGGCCCAGCGGGGGCGUGGCCUUCAUGCAGACGGUGCACCUCGAGGCCGCGAACCUGGAGGUGCUGGGCCAGGGCGCCAGCCUCCGGCGCGGGGCCAGGGUGCGCGUGCACGGCCUCACUCAGGCCCGGGCCGUGCACAACGGCGGAUUGGGCACGGUGAUCAGCCCCGCGCCGAGCCCGGGGGGCACCUGGGAGGUGGAGGUGUCGAAGCACUUCCGGAUGGGCGGCGGCUCCCUGGACGCGAAGCUGGGGGAGCGCGGGCUCGAGGUGCGGCCGCAGGAGGCCAGCCCGCCGCUCCACGAGGGCCUGUGCGUGAUGCUGCACGGCCUCCGCGCCCAGGCCGAGUACAACGGCGAGUGGGCCCGCGUGCUCUCCUGCGGCGCUGACGGGGAGGGGCGCUGGCAGGUGGAGUUCACGUUCCGCGGGGAGGUCACGCGCCUCGAGCUCGCGCCCGAGAACAUGGCCCCGGAGGUGCCAAGCUAGCGGGGACCUGCGUAGGCUGCGUUAGGCAGCCCCCCGAGCGUUUCCCAAAAGAGCUCGCGCCCGCUCUCCCUCCGCGGCCCUACGCUGUGGGCGGGGAGGGGUGUACGCCCAGGCGUGAGGCGGCCCGUCAUUUUUGAGGAGGCG